ACGUAGCGUAUUUUAACUUGUGUAACUAUUUUGAUCCAGAUAUACGCAAAAUGUUUAUAGGAGAAAAAAAGGUUACGAAGAAAAGAAAAUAGUAAAAGGUGAAAAAGGUUACUCACACGCAUCCUCUGACUCUGACUAUUGAGAGAUAUAUUUCCCCUUGCAGUAAAUAAAAAUCUAUGGCUUUGUUGGGAAGAAGAAAAAGUCAAGAGUGAACUCGUAAUCUUUGUCGGGAGAGAGCAACAGGCUUUUGAUGUUGUAACAUUAUACUAUUAUUAUUAUAAAAAAAGCAAAUAGUUUUAGUAUGAAUUACAAUCAUACUUAACAACAAACCCCGUUUUGGUUUUUUAAUUUUUUUUUGUAUAAAUGAUAAAGAUGGACAAAGGACAAGCCAUUAAUACUGAUCUGAGAAUUUUUAAGGAAAAGAAGAUAGAAACAGAGAGAGAGACGACUCCAGAGUCGAGUCCAGACAGAACUGUCUCCAGCUACAAGAGACAACAGAAAGAUCCCAACAGCCUUAAAAAAUCGACUGAAUAAGAAAACAACCUUCCAAAGCUAAAUGGUUUGAGAGACAGAAACAGAGGCAGAAACAGGAAAACAGAGCGAGUAAGAUAAAUGGAAAGACAAUGUGAAGAAGAAGAAAUGGAGACAAAACUGAGACGAAGUUUCAUGGGCUAUAGUAGAAGAGCUGGUCCUUCUACUCCUCCACCCACGUGGCGGCUCGAGUUUUCGCCGCCGCGAGUCGGAGCUUCCUCCGCCGUCGUCGAGACGAAGGAGUUUUUGGCGAAUUCAGAGGUUUCUGUCCGGAAAUUGUGUGCUGAUUUGUGGGAAACUGAACAAUUCCGGCAAAGAAUUGAGCUGCGACAUUGUCGACGAAGGGAUUCAGAUGUUGAACCACCUUCCCGUAGUCCGCUUCACGAUCAUCAGCCACCAAGUAGAGGUAGCUUUAGGAGGCAAAUUGCAGCAACUGAUGAUCAUAGAAAUGGUGAUCUGUUGCGACCAAUCUCUCCUGCAAGUUGCAGCAGUAGUUCAUUGGAGGUUGUGGUGCGUAAGCCAGCGUUUAGUCAGACAGGUUCUUCUGCGGUUAAGUCUGCGAGCUAUGGUUUGGGUUCCUCAUCAAAGCUUCUCAAGGUGCUAAACCGGAUAUGGAGUCUCGAAGAACAGAAUACUGCUAAUAUGUCUUUGGUUAGAGCUCUAAAGAUGGAGUUGGAUGAAUGUAGAGCCGAGAUUAAGGAGGUACAGCAACGGGAGAAGCAAAGCGAUAGGCGACUGAGGAAGAAUAAAGAAGAAGAAGAGGUAAAAGAUGUGUUUCGAUCUAUAAAGAGGGAGUUAGAUGAUGAGAGAAAAGUCAGAAAGCAGUCAGAGACUUUGCACCGGAAGCUAACACGAGAGCUUUGUGAAGCGAAGCAUUGUUUGUCAAAAGCUUUGAAAGAUCUUGAAAAGGAGAGACAAGAACGUGUUGUUGUUGAAAAUCUCUGCGAUGAGUUUGCAAAAGCGGUUAAAGAUUAUGAAGAUAAGGCGAGAAGAAUUGGGAAUAAGUCACCAGUGAGUGAUAAAGUAAUUGUGCAGAUUGCAGAAGUGUGGAAUGACCAGAGAUUACAAAUGAAGCUAGAGGAAGAUGAUAAAACAUUUUUGCGAGCUAAGGAGAAGAGUACAUCACAGUCAAGUAAAGGAAGUGGCUUGAGAGCAAAACGAGAUGAUUCGGUUUCUAUGCAUCAAAGGGUUUGCUUGAAGGAACUCGAAGAAGGGCUUGAAAAGCGAACAAGAAGAGAUAACAAAUUGCAGCUUAAGAAGAAGAGCUCAUGCCAAGUUUUUAAUCUAUCUAUGUCUUCGGAAGGAGAUAAGAUUCAUCCAGAGAGUAGUCCAAGGAACGUUGAUGAUCAUGAGAGUCAAGAAAAGUCUAGAACUUUCUCGAAGAUUCUUCCGAGAAAUGUGAAUGUGAUGAUCAGAGAGGAUAAUCAUCGUACUCUCAAGGAUAAGCUGAUGGAAGCUCGUGUCGAGAGUCGACGUUUACGUUCUUCUUUGAAACCAGAGUGAUCCGGCUCAAGCAUGAACCAAUUUGAUAACUCGUGUCUCAUGUUGGAGUAAUUAUUUGGUUGUGGUUAAUAUUAAUGCUCGUUAGAAAAACUACGCUAAACACUUAAAUAUUUCAUUUGUCCCCGUGACACAAAAAAAAAAAAAAAAACUAAUUUUGUCAACAGUUCACAUACAUUGACAUUGAACACAACUCCGGUCAA